AGAGAGAGAGAGAGAGAGAGAGAGAGAAAAGAAAAGCACACGAAAUUAAAUAAAUAAGCUUCGAGGAAACGAAAUAUUCCCGUUCUGCUCUGCAAUAACAGCUUUUGUGGAGACUAGAAACCCGCUCUCCGUGCCCGCGCGGCCGUGCGUGGCUUACGUGUACGCGUGUGUGUGUGUGUAUAUGUGUGUAUAUGUGUGUGUGUGCGCUACAUUAGGUGGACACGGAGACUGCAUCAGACUGGAGACACACGCCGGGACAUAAUAGAGCGGAGAUAUUGAGGCUUUGAUGGUCCUUCCUCCCCUACUGAACCCCACACCGCCGGGAUACUGAGACAUGUAGUCCCACGUAUGAACAGCCACGAGAAUCUGUAGCCUUCAGCUCUCAUUUUUUUUUUUUUUUUUUAGCAGCAUCAUCUCACGAUAUCUACAUAAUGUGGCUUGCUCUACCGGAGGGAAAAUAACCAAAUAUGUGGAUACCAACAGAAGAGGAGAAAAUCGGAGUUGUAAUCUGCAACUUCCGGUCACCAGUAUGCCAGGCCCUGGUACUGGAGAUUGGGGAAACAGUACAGAUUCUGGAGAAGAGCGAAGGUUGGUACAGAGGCUUUUCCACCAAGAAGCCUUCUAUCAAGGGUAUAUUCCCCGUCAGCUAUGUCCACUUGAAGAAAUCUACAGUGACCAACAGAGGGCUGUGUGAGACGGUGGUGCCCCUGGAGGACCCGAUUAUCACAGAGACCACCUCCACACUGCAGGAAUGGGGUGUCUUGUGGAAGCAGCUCUAUGUGAAACACAAGGUGGAUCUGUUCCAUAAGCUGCGCCAUGUGAUGAAUGAGCUGAUCGACCUGCGACGGCAGCUGAUCCAGGGUCACCUUGCCCAGGACCAAACUCGCGAGAUCAAACGGCACAUAACCGUACGACUUGACUGGGGAAACGAGCACCUUGGCUUAGACCUCGUUCCCAGGAAAGAGUUUGAAAUGGUGGAUCCGGAUCAGAUCAGUGUAUCGGAGCUCUACAAACUGCACGUAUCCAGCAGACACUGUGGUGGACAGCAGAGCACAAACCAGGGUGACAGCAUGAGACAGCGCCAUGGUGACAGUUGCCGUGUCCCUGUGUCGCACCAUCUCUUCAUCAAUCUGAAGAGCUUUACUUACAACAGCAUCAGUGAGGAUGCAGAUGUCUUUUUCUCCCUGUACGACACUCGUGAGGCCAAACAGAUCAGUGAGAAGUUCAUGGUGAAACUAAACAAAAAUGGAGGACCAAAGAAUCCAGAGAAGGUUGACCGUCUGUGUGCUCUCUUCACGGACCUGAGCAGUAAAGACUUGAAGAGAGACCUGUACAUUGUUGCACAUGUCAUAAGAACUGGCCGUAUGCUGCUGAAUGACUCAAAGAAAGGUCCGCCACAUGUGCAGUACAGACGACCUUACGGCUGUGCUGUCCUUGCCAUGAGUGAUGUUUUCCACACCAUCACAGACCUCAAAGAGGAGAAGGACUUUGUGCUAAAAGUUUACACAUGUAACAAUGAAAAUGAGUGGUACCAAAUUCAUGAGAACAUCAUCCGCAAGUCCAACACCAAGUACUCCGCUCCCAGCACCAACUAUGGCCUCAUCAUUUCCCUGCAGCUCCUGCGGGGUGAGCUGGAGCAAAUCCGACGGGAGAACCAGGCCGUGUUCAACAGGGCCCUGGCACUCACACGAAAACUGGGGUUCCCAGAUGUCAUCCUGCCAGGCGACACACGUAAUGACCUGUAUCUGACCCUGGAGCGGGGUGAGUUUGAGAGGGGUGGCAAGAGCGUCCAGAAGAACAUUGAAGUCACACUUUACGUCCUCUAUGCCGACGGGGACACACUCAAAGACUGCAUUAGUUUGGGCAGUGGGGAGCCCAACACCAGUGAAUAUCGCUCUUUUGUUCUGUACCACAACAACAGCCCUCGCUGGAGUGAGAUGGUCAAGCUUCCUAUCCCCAUAGAUCGUUUCAGAGGAUCCCACCUACGCUUUGAGUUCAGACACUGCUCCACUAAAGACAAAGGGGAGAAAAAGCUAUUUGGCUUUGCCUUCACUCCUUUAAUGAGAGAAGAUGGGACCACAUUGUCAGAUGAGAGUCAUGAGCUGUAUGUGUACAAGUGUGAUGAGAACGCCACCUUCAGUAACCAGGGCCUGUACCUCAGCCUUCCCUGCUGUAAAGAAGACUUCAACAGCUGCCCUAACCUGCCGGCCAACCUGCCUUUCCAGAGGAGCCCCAAGGAAACGUUCUGGGUCUCUACGAUACUCUGCUCAACCAAACUCACACAAAAUGUGGACCUUCUGGCUCUUCUAAACUGGAAAGCCCAUCCAGACAGGGUGCUAGACAUCCUCGGACGACUGCGUCAGAUCAGUGGAGAGGAGAUUGUCAAGUUCUUGAGAGAUGUCCUGGAUACGCUCUUCUGUCUUUUGGAUGACAACACUGAUAAAUAUGGACCUCUGGUUUUCCAGUCAUUGGUGUUCAUCAUAAACCUGCUCAGGGACAGUCGUUUCUACCACUUCAGACCUGUCAUAGACUCCUACAUCCAAAACCAUUUUGCUGGAGCUUUGGCGUACAAAGAGCUGAUUCGAUGCUUGAAGUGGUACAUGGAUCGUUCGGCUGAGGUGGUCAGACAGGACCACAUCCAGGAGGCCAUGAGGGCUCUGGAGUACCUGUUCAAGUUUAUCGUCCAGUCUCGCAUCUUGUACUCGAGAGCCACCUGCGGGAUGGAGGAGGAGCAGUUCAGAGCGAGCAUUCAAGAGCUUUUCCAGUCGAUCCGCUUCGUCCUGAGUUUGGACAGUCGCAGCUCAGAGAACCUGGUGUUCACGCAGGCAGCGCUAUUGAACAGUUUCCCUGAUAUCUUUGAUGAGCUGCUGCAGAUGUUCACUGUUCAGGAGGUGGCUGAAUAUGUCAGAGGCACCCUAGGGAGCAUGCCCAGUACGGUGGACAUCGGCCAAUCUAUGGAUGUUGUUAAACUCCAGUCCAUUGCUCGUACGGUGGAGAGCCGCCUCUUCUUCUUCCCUGAGUCUCGUAGUAUUCUGCUGCCUGUGGUUCUGCAUCAUAUCCAUCUGCAUCUACGCCAGCAGAGGGAGCUACUCAUCUGUUCUGGGAUACUGAGCAGCAUCUUUUCUAUAAUCAAGACCAGCUCCAUGGAGUCUUCAGUUCAGGAAGAGGUGGAGAUGAUGGUGGAGAGCCUUCUGGAUGUGCUGCUGCAGACUCUGCUGUCUAUCAUGAGCAAGUCUCACUCUGUAGAGACAUCCAGAGGACAACGCUGUCCCCAGUGCACAGCAGAGAUAACUGGCGAGUAUGUUUCCUGUCUUCUCUCCCUGCUUCGACAGAUGACGGAGAUUCAUUUUCACCAUCUACUCAACAACUUCCAUAGCAAGGAGGAGCUGAAGGAGUUCUUGUUGAAGAUCUUCUGUGUGUUUCGAAAUCUGAUGAAACUGACUAUCUUCCCCCGAGACUGGAGUGUCAUGAGGCUUCUAACUAGUCAUAUCAUCGUAGUGACAACACAGUUCCUGUCUCCGGCACUGCAUAAGAACUUCUCAGAGGCAGAUUUUGAUUUUAAGGUGUGGAACUCCUUUUUCAGCCUCACUGUGCUGUACAUCAACCAGCCCAGUCUGCAGCUGGAGGCGCUUAGCCCGGCGAAGAGAAAGAAAGUCCUUGACAAAUCUGGAGAUAUGAGAGUUAUAAUGGCGUAUGAGCUUUUCAGCAUGUGGCAGAAAUUAGGUGACAACAAACCUCACUUCAUUCCUGGAAUGAUGGGCCCCUUCCUGGGAGUCACCCUGGUACCUCAGACUGAAGUCCGAAAUAUUAUGAUUCCAAUUUUCCAUGACAUGAUGGACUGGGAGCAGAGAAAAAAUGGCAACUUUAAGCAGGUGGAAGCUGAGCUGAUGGAUAAGUUGGACAGCAUGGUGUCAGAUGGGAAGGGGGAUGAUAAUCACAGAGAGCUCUUCAGCCUCUUAACCCAGUUGUUUGGUCCUUAUCCAAGUUUGUUGGAGAAGAUAGAGCAGGAGACUUGGAGAGAGACGGGGAUCUCCUUUGUCACAUCGGUCACAAGACUUGUUGAGAGAUUACUGGAUUACAGGGACUGCAUGAAAGGAGAUGAGAUGGAGAACAAGAAAAUCGGUGGAUCUGUCAACCUUAUGAACUUCUACAAAUCAGAGGUCAACAAGGAGGACAUGUACAUCCGUUACAUCCAUAAGCUGUGCGACCUGCACCUCCAAGCAGAAGACUUCACAGAGGCGGCGUUCACCCUGCUGUUGUACUGGGAGCUGCUGCAGUGGGAGGACCGGCCUCUGAGGGAUUUCCUCCACUACCCCUGUCAGAGUGAGUGGCAACGCAAGGAGAACCUGAGUCGUAAAAUCCUGCACUACUUCAACAAGGGCAAGUGUUGGGAAUAUGGAAUCUCUCUGUGCCGUGAGCUGGCUUUCCAAUAUGAGACUUUAUACGAUUAUCAGAGCCUCAGCUGGAUACGGAAAAUGGAAGCAGCGUACUAUGACAACAUCAUUGAACAGCAGAGGAUUGAACCCGAGUUCUUCCGAAUGGGCUUCUAUGGCAGGAAGUUUCCUUUCUUCCUCAGGAACAAGGAGUUUGUCUGUCGUGGUUAUGACUAUGAACGACUCGAAGACUUCCAGCAAAGGAUGCUGGGAGAAUUUCCACAAGCCAUUGCCAUGCAGCACCCUAACCAACCUGACGACACCAUCCUUCAAAGCGACGCUCAGUACUUGCAGAUCUAUGCGGUGACUCCAGUGUCAGACAUUUCUGAUGUGCCUCAGCUGGAGCGUGUGCCUGAGAGGAUCAAGAGCUUCUACCGCAUAAAUAAUGUCAGUCGCUUCCACUAUGACAGGCCUUUCCACAAGGGGCCCAAAGACCGCGAGAAUGAGUUCAGGAGUCUUUGGAUUGAGAGAACAACACUGAUUCUCUCCCGUCCUCUCCCUGGUAUCUCCCGCUGGGCGGAAGUGGAAAGAAGAGAAGUCGUGGAGGUCAGCCCUCUGGAGAAUGCCAUUUACGUUGUGGAGAAUAAGACCCAGGAGCUGCGGACUCUGAUCAGUCAAUACCAACACAGGCAGCAUCAUGGCAACAUCAACCCACUCAGCAUGUGCCUCAACGGAGUAAUAGACGCUGCUGUGAACGGAGGCAUCGCCAGAUACCAGGAGGCGUUCUUUGAUAAGGAAUACAUCAGCAGUCAUCCAGAGGACACGGAGAGGGUCACGCAGCUGAAGGAUCUGAUGCAGGAACAGGUGCACAUUCUUGGAGUUGGACUGGCUGUUCAUGAGAAGCUGGUGCAUCCAGAAAUGCGUCCACUGCACAAAAAACUAGUAGACCAGUUCCACAUGAUGAGGACAGGUUUACACCAUUCUAUGGUCGGGUCUCAGCAGGGUGUGCCGGGUGUGGACAGAUUUGGACCUGCAGGCUGUCCAGGAGUCAACUCUCCCAGAGGAAUCCUGUCCUCACACAGCCACAUGAGUCCUGAGAGUGUACGCCUUAUGCACAGACACAGCCCUCUGAACCUACAGGGUUCAAUCCGUCACUCGUCCUCCUCCCUUUCCUCUCAUACGUCCAGUGAGGCAGGAAAUCUUGUCAUAAUGACUGAUGGCCUGAUGGGGGAGCAUCCAGAGGAGGCCAUACACAUGCAGCCGAGUCCAUCCUCCUCCAGUCUGAGUUCCAUUCGUUCCAACUCUUCCCAGAUUAUCAAUUCUGCUCCUUCCAGUGCCAGAGGGUCUCCAUCCCUGCCUGACAAAGCCAAACACAACCGUGAAGUGAUGAUACUGUUGCCACCUCACCGUGAGAGAGCUAAUAACUCCAUGUACUACAACAUGGCGGAGAACGGACAGAACAACCACAUGCAGCGUGCCUUACUUCAACAAGUUAGCCCCUGUAAGCCAUGUGCUGAUCCUCACAUGAAUCUACCAGAGAAAGUCUUUGCUAACACUCCGAGCAGCUGGAGUCUGGAUGGAGAGAACAGAGAACCUGUGUCCUACAUGCCUCCUUCUACCACAGGGUCUAUUAUGCCCCCAGUCCCACCCAGGUCUUUCCCACCAGGACACUUCCUGAUGCACUGUGAUGCGUUUCACCACCAGAACAAUGAUCCCCCUCCUGCUCUGCCAGUCCGUUCACUCCGAAAGUCUCCUCUGCAUCCCAUUCCUGGCUCCCCCACCAGCCCUCAGUCAGCUUUGGGUGGCAGUAAUUCCACUCUGUCGGGCAGUGCCAGCAGCGGCGUGUCCUCUCUGAGUGAGAGUAACUUCGGAGGCCAGUAUCCGGACCCCGGACCGAUCCGAAACGACGCUUUGGAGCCCCUCCCCAGUCAUCUGUGGUCCCCCCCUGACGAGUACCUGUCCUCUCCGUACCUGCACAUCCACUACGGCGGAGGAUCAGAAAUCGACUCUGUGGACCCGGUGCGCCCCUUCCAUUACCGCAGCCCCGCUUCACACCCACACACCCAUCCGCAUCCUCAUGCCCACGCACACCCAGGCCUGGACAGCCACUCUCACGGACCUCCGCCGCACCACCACCCGCCUACCCACGGCCCUCACCACAUCCCCUACCGCAGGCCCCAGCCUCCAGCCGUGCCGCCCAAACCCUACCUGAGAGAAGGCUGCAUCCCUGAGGAGGACCUGCCACCUCAGCCCAUCCCGCUGCCCCGCAGGAUCUUCCACUCCCCCCACAGCCACAGAGAGGACCAAGUCAAACAUGCAUGGGAGCAGUGCAUCAGCGAAGAGCAUGAGGAGACCCAGUGAUGAGGAGUCUCCUGCUAUAUUUCACAUAGAGCUUUUUACUCCUUGUCAUCUUUCCUUCGUAUGCACUGAUUUAAAGAAGCAGCAAAAGAGAGUUAAUGAACAGCUGUCAGGUGUAUUUAUUUGACCCUUUUCAGUCUGCUCAUUAAUUUCAGUGCAGAUGAAGGAAAAAAAACAAGUGAUUCUGAAUAAAUUUAUAGUAUGAGGCACAACUGCCGUCACUGCUCCAUUAAAAAGAGUAUUAUCUGUUGAACAAUGACAGAUAACAUUAACUUUGUUCAAAAAUUGAUAUUGAUUGUACACAAUUGUACAACUAGUCUGUGAGCAUGUUUUUCCAUUUGAGAAUAAUAUGACAGUUUUGUGAAAUAUGACAACCAUGAUCAUAACCAACAUGAUCCAAGGUGCAGUAUAAGCUGUGAACACUGCUCUUAAUUUUUGCUUGGUCAUUUUUCACAACACGAGGCAACUUCAGAGGGUUAUAUUCACAGUGAGGUGACUUCUGUGCUUUAAAUGCUAUAGCCUAUAUGAAUUCUUAUUUUGAUAAAUUUGCUACAUUAUAGUGUUUUCGAAGGCUUAUCUCCAUUAUGUUUUUCAAAACACUGUUAAGUGCUCCUUAAUAGUGAAUCAUAUCAAAUGGCACACUCUGAUACGUGUUGCUACCAGGCUGUCAUAAACUGCAGGUCUUUAUGAUUGGACUCUCCUCUUGGACCGGCAUCUCAAGGGACUUCAGUCACUGCAGAUUUCCAUCCAUACCAUGUGUAUGGAAACCAAUGUGAAUGUAUUCAGAUGAGAUGUUCUAUUUGUAUUGCACAAGUUGCAAACCUGGUUUUUGUUCAAGUGCUUUAAGUUCAGUCUAUGUUGAAGAAGUGUCUAUUUGUCCCUUUUGUGUGACAAGAUAUCUUGAGAGGAAUGAGGUUGUUUGGUAGACUGAUGGGAAUGUUGAAAGGAAACUAAGGACAGUGACAGACGGCCUGUGAUAGUCAGGUCCCAAACUUGUCAUGUGUCAUGUUUCUGGUGAAAGAAGAAAGGGAUGGAAUGAGGACUCUCCACUUCAAACCUCAACCACCUGCUGGACACUGAACACUAACACCAACACCCCUUCUCUGUCCGUCUCAGCUUCCCUGCAUCUUUUUCCUUCUUCUUAUGGUUGUCAGACCAUGUUCAACAGUGAGGGCUGAACUUGGACAGCUGCAGUGGCAUUGCUUGCGUCUGAUGACACUGUCUAGCCCCCCUCCCGGCCGCUGAGUGGCCAGUCGAGGAGCCCAUUCAGACAGCGUUGGAAUCGCCUACCUGCCUUAAGUGCACUCAAAUGCAGUUUGACCUCUCAUCCGGACUGUGAGGAGCUCAUAGUUCUCCUUUUCAUUCUGUUCACUAUACGCUCACUGAAGGAAAAAGAUAUCUACCUAGUGAUGUUUUUGUAUGGUUUUGUCCAGCUUUGGUUUCAGAUUGUUGUUUGAUUUGUAGCGCUAAUAUUUCUUGUUCUGCCUGCAGCUCUUUCUCGAUCACCUUCUGUUGUGUGAAAACGAAUACAUUUCCGAAAAAUGCUCAAUCCCGGACUGAGAGAGAGGUUUCCUUUAUUUGAGCAGAAGAAUGGCACUGUUUAUUGCAUUGUGGUGGGUUGGAAGGAUAUAGCUAAUAUUUUAACAAUUAAUUGUUUUCCUGGUUGUUUUUCUGCAGGUGGAUGCUUUGUGUUACUGUACAUCAAGUUGUCAGCUGACUAGACAACAUCUAUUUUUGUAUGUGAGAUCAUCAGUUGUGUGAACAUUUCAGAAAAGGUACCGAGACAGAAGGUACUGCAUAGGCUGCUGUACAUUGUAUGGAAAUGAGCCUGAGGUUAGAUAUAUAUACAGUAUGUGAGUAUCUAUUGUGAGCUUGAUGGCAAUGAAGAUAACUGGUGACUGAAGUGAUACUCAAAAUAUAGGUACAAUAGAAUUUUUCAAUGUAAAUUCUGUUAUUGUACAUACAGCAGUAUUGUGAAAUAUUUUUGAGAAUUAUUGCAAACGCCCCAAAAAGGUUUAUUGUUGUUUUGUGUAUAUACAUGUACUCCAGAGAUCAAUGUAAUUGAUAAAUAUCUAUAAUCAGUGUUUGAAAAAGGACAAAUCCAUUAGACUGUGGCUGUCUCCACCGUUCUUGACUUUGAGUCUUCUCAUAUAAAUACUUUAUACACUUUUCAAUGUGCUUUCCUGUACAUAUGGUGUUAGCAUGAUCAAACAGUGUUUGGUUGUAAAAGUGGUUUUCCUACUCCCAUAACUGCUGUGGUAUGGAAUUCAUUAACGAUGCCAAACAUUAAAGACAAUCUUUUAUCAGCUCUAA